AGGAAGUGGUAAUAAACAGUAAAAGGUUUGCUCCAUUCAAAAAGCUAAGAAGCUAAUAGUUUAAGAAGAAAUUGUUUUCUUGUACGCAUUAAAUAUCGCGGUUCAUUGACUUGUAUUGUUCAGAGGGAUUACCAUAAUUCUGAAAAGAUAUGGCCGCGGAUUGGUUGGGUAGUUUGGUAUCAAUUAACUGCGGGCCAACGCUGGGAGUCUACCAGGGAGAAGUGUCAUCUGUGGACCAGUCCAGCCAAACCAUCUCCUUAAGACAGCCUUUCCAUAAUGGAGUCAAGUGUCCCGUGCCAGAGGUCACAUUCAGUGCCAUUGACAUAAAGGACCUAAAGAUUUUAGAUAUAAGAAAUGAUAAUAGUAGGACUAGCUCUGCUGCAUCUGCAAAGGUAACCAGCGCACCGGUUGCAGUCCCAAAGGGUGACCCCAGAAAUGUGGAGAAACUAAACUCUCCACAGCACUGCUCCAAAAGUUACGGAGAGCGUCAUCUGGAUAUACCCGGCCAGCCUAAAGUAUUUCGUCGAAGACAUAACUCCUGGUCAUCUAGUAACCGAGGGGUAAAUCAAGUGACACCAAAGAAGAAUGGGAUAAAGAAUGGCCAGAUGAAGCACAGAGAUGAUGAGUGUUUUGGUGAUGGCGUGGAUGAUUUCCUGGACACAGACUUUGAUUUUGAAGGAAACCUGGCUCUUUUUGACAAAGCCGCAGUUUUCUCAGAGAUUGACAUAUCAGAGCGUCGUAACGGUGCGAGGUCACGUGGCACGCCUCAAGAGCAGACCCCUACACGAUAUCGUCAUGAUGAGAACAUCCUGGAGGCCAAACCUAUCGUGUAUAGACAAAUUACUGUACCGCAACCUGGGGCCAAAGAAUACUGCACCGACUCUGGACUUGUUGUACCAAGUAUAACCUAUGAUUUGCACAAGCGUCUUUUGUCUGUUGCUGAGCGCCAUGGUCUUUCACUGGAGAGGAGACUUGAGAUGACUGGAGUGUGUGCCAGUCAGAUGGCACUUACAUUACUAGGGGGGCCAAACAGAUUCACUCCCAAAAAUUUGCACCAGCAUCCCACGGUGGCUCUGCUGUGUGGCCCUCAUGUUCAGGGAGCUCAGGGCAUCAGCUGCGGUCGUCACCUGGCCAAUCACGAAGUGGAGGUCAUCUUAUUUCUGCCAAAUUUUGUCAAAAUGCAUGACGCUGUGACCUGCGAGCUCACCCUUUUCAACAAAACUGGUGGCAAACAGGUGUCCAGUAUCAAAGACCUUCCAGACACUCCUGUGGAUCUAAUCAUUAACUGUCUGGACUGUCACGAGAACACAUUCCUGAUGGAUCAGCCUUGGUACUGGGCAGCUGCAGACUGGGCGAAUCAGAACAGAGCACCAGUGCUAAGCUUAGACCCUCCUGCUAGUGGCCAGGGGCAGGCAGUUGAAGCCAAAUGGUCCCUCUCACUUUGCCUCCCGCUUCCCCUAGCUGAAGGGGCUGGCAGGGUUUACCUGUGUGACAUAGGUAUUCCUCGCCAGGUGUUCCAGGAAGUGGCAAUCAAAUACCAUUCUCCCUUCGGCUGCAAAUUUGUCAUCCCCUUGCACUCAGCAUAACGGGUCAGGUGGUCAACACGACAGAGUAAAAUCUCUUACCCUCUAUGACCAUUUGGGUUUGGGCGCCUUAUAUUCCAGAGUUUGAUCUGUUUUUUCAGUUCAUGUGUGAAGUUUUAAACUCUGUGUGUGAACUGAACUUUUUCCUCAUACUGAAGGACCAGUGAUGAUACAUCCUACAGUAGUGUAGUAGGACUAAGUACAUGUAGAUGGAGACAGAAAAAAAGCUUAAACAUUUAUGAAAAACAGACCGUCGGAGGCUGUAGCAAACAAUUUAGAUUUGUUAUUCACUAUUGUUAAUUAACAACGACAACCGAAGUGUCAAAGAAUGCAUCAUUGGAGUCGUUUCAAACAGGAAAUACAGGAGAACAUUGCUGGUUUCAUCAUCCUGUUGAAGUGCCGGCAUUUGUUCAUAGGCCACUUUUACAUUAAAGUUUCUCAUGGCUUCAUUCACCCAACACAGUAUCAUGUGCAUGAUAUCUGCAGUAUGUGCACAGCACUUGUGGCAGAGAUCGUUGUCAGCUUUGUCUCAAAGUCUGACCACAUGUUUGAACCUUAAGUUCUAUGUUGUCACGAACACCAUAACCUCUGGUUGUCUUUGUGUGUGCUGCAGAGACAGCUUCUGCCGUAGCACUCACACAUAGAGUGAGAUCUUGUUUCCGAAUGGUGAGAAGCUAAAAGUGUAUCAUAGAAAAGUGUCUUAAUCUUAUUGUAAAAUACAUGCAAAGUCAAUGGCAUAAAAUACUAUGUUGGUUUUUCUUUUUUUGUUUGUUUAGGGCAAUAGUGCGCUAAAAAACUCGCUCAAAAUACACAAGUGAUGUGCAGUCAUAAUCUUGUUGAUGCCUGUCUGUUAACACGACUGCCUGCUUUCAGACUUGUGCCAUAUUGAAAGUAAUGUGUAAAUGUUUGCUGGUCCAACCGAGUUAGGCUGCUGUCAGGACUUUUUUCAGUAAGCGACUGGAGUACUCGUUCAUGCAUCAAAUCGACACGUUGAUUUGCUGACAGCGUAAUGCCUGAAAGAGACUUUACUGUUCAGAUUUAAAGUGAGUACGACACUCAUGGAUUUCAAACAGAAAAGUUUCGAAAAUCCUUGCGAUCUAACUUUGUUCCAAAGCCCUACAGUGAAUACACACAGAUCCAUCACAGUGUACACGCACAGUUUUUUUUCCACACAUAUUGGAAUCUGAUAGCUUAUAGUCAAGCUUACACUGGUCUUUCCAUUACUACUGGCUUUGCCUGCCAUACUUUGCCACACUCAGUUACUAUCAUCUAAUGUUAAAUAUAACUGUUCAAAGGCAGCAGAUUACAACUGUUUUCCUUCUUUGUGGCAAAUUAUAUUGUGAUAAGGGCUCUGAAAACAAGAUGGUAUGUAAAAUAGAUGCAGUCUUAACUUUUCAUGAUAAUUUGGGAAAAAUAAGUUUGUUUAUUGAAUUUUGGUACAGUUAAAUGAAGGGCUAUACUGUUGUUUGAAAAGCCCAGUUUCUUAACUACAAGUUUUGUUUGUACAGAUCAUUUAAAAUCUUUAUUGUCUCAUCGAAUGCCAACUAGAGUUUAGAUUUGUUAAAUCUAUUUUUCCUACAGUGUUUGGUGUUUCAGUCAUUACUGUGUAUUGCAUAGAAAAUAUUCAGCAGACAAAAUGCUGAUAUGUUUUCUCUCACAGUGAACUUCAGGUCUGUUAGUUUUUGGCAAUGUUGCGUUGUUGCCUGUUGUAGCACAGAUUGAAUUCAAAGGCCAACAUUGUUUUAUACAAUCAAAAAUAGUGCCCGCUUGAUGUCAGAUUGAUUGCAUAACUUGGGCAUGUUUUGCAGUUUGCAUGUUUCAUAUGCAGAAGUUUGGUAGAAGUCAGUGAGGCGGCAGACAAAAUGGACCCCAAUGCGAUAUGAAUUGUCAGUGAGACUUUGGCCAAAAGACGUGUAAUUUAAGCUUGACCGCACAGGUUAGAGUGAUGCUUUUUAAACGAAAGUUGCUUUCUGUGUGUCGGAUUCAAAUUCAUUUGUGCUGAUGCAACAUCCUGUGCUGAAUACUUUCUAGGAACCAAUAAGUUUGAUUUAGUGUUGAGCAAUCGCAAGAUCACAAAAUAUUUUUGUGUGUGUACUGAAGUGCACACUCUUAUUUCAGGACAUUAAGCUGGUAUUUAACAAUACACUGAAUCAUAGACUGUGAAGUUCAAGGACAGCUGCUUCUGUUUGAUGGAGGAAUCUCUCCUCAGAUCUUGUGAGCAAUGACAGUAACCUUUUGCUGUUUCUGUUUGCUGAUUCGAAAUGCAUCCUGAACUGUUUUGCUUUGUGUGUAAUGACCUGUAUUGGACCUGCAAUAGCUGCUCUCUGACAUGCCCUUAUUUGGAGUUGGAUUGUGUAUUGUUUGAGGUUGGUGUAGAAAAGGCUAAAUUUAAGCAGUCUGCAUCUGAGGAGGAUUUUUUUUUUUUUUUUAAGUGACUGAAUUUUUCUUUUGCGCACAUUUAUCUGCACGAGAUUCAUGUACUGAUUCCCUUCUCCAACAUUCCUCUGGCUCUGUGUGUAAUGUCACAUCUGUUGAGACAAGUCUGGCUCGGAAACUUCAUCAACCGGUGUUGCUGAAUGUGAAUAAAAUGUGUUUUAGUUCGUUUUUGGCCACCAGGAGGCAGUGAAUCCAAAUUUAUGGUGGCUCACUUCUUGUUCUGCUGUAACGGCAACUUUGUAUACUUAACACGAUUUUCUCAGCGGCAGCAGCAACAACAAAAAGUAUUAUUUAUCUGUGAAGUGUGAACAGUCGAAGACCAUGUUCAGUCUGACUUUUUAUUGGAAGCAUGCUGUGAAAGUCGCAUUCUUUAAAAGCAGAUGGUGAAUUUUUUUUCUUUUCUUUCUUUUUUUUAAAACUUGGUUUACAUGUUUUAAAUGUUCAGAGCAAACAUGCAUGUUAAGUCCAGCCGAGAGAAUAAAUAGGCACGUUGGUUAUUUUAAUAACACAGGAUUUGUGCUUUAUUUUGGUAAGUUCACUAUCAAGCUUCAUGUGCAAAAAUACUAAUGCGUCAUGUCUGCAGGU